CUCUAGUUGAUAAGUGCUCGAAUUUCUUCACAGUCGUUUGUAUAAACAGUAGCUUGCCGUACGCAACUGUGAUAAUGUACUUUCGUCUAAUGAUAAGUAUAUGGCCCAUAGCUUGUGUUAAUUAAUGUAAAUCAACAAAUCGCCAAAUAUUUUACGUCGUACACAUUUCUAAAAAUAUUGCUCAGAACUGCAGUGGAUUGUUGGGAAGCCUUGCAGUUGCAGAAGACCUCGAGACCUUUGAAAAUUUCCUCAAAUUUAGCCACGAACGAAACCAACGAAAAUUAAACCAGAAACGUAUUUACAUUACAUGAAUCGAUAGAAAAAUUGAAAAGAUCGCCCACCAUUUCGUAAACAGCCAGUACCUACCUUUCGUCCCAAUACCUACUGAAGUGAGGUAGAGAAGAGUACAACGUCGAUGUUAAGAUGCCAAAAAUUGGACUCACAAUCAACGAAUGGAACGAUCACAUUGGACAGAAUUUGAAUGAUGCCAAAAAUGUUUUACUUGAUUACCUUGAUAAGAUAAUGGAGAAACAUGAAGCAUGGAUUUACUACGCAACACCUGAACAAAUAAUAUCUCAGUUUGACAGUUUAUUACCUAGUUUACGAAAUUCAGCGAGUAACCUGCCUCUUUUUGGUGUUCCAUUUGCUGUUAAAGAUAAUAUAGACGUAGCAGGUUGGCCUACCACUGCCGCAUGCCCAUCUUUUAGCUACAUAGCAGAAGCUGAUGCUACUGUGGUCUCUAGGUUAAAAGCAGCAGGCGCUAUUGUAGUAGGUAAAACGAACCUUGAUCAAUUUGCCACUGGAUCUGUAGGUACUCGUUCCCCAUUUGGCAUUGUUAAAAACAGCUUCAACCCCCAAUAUAUCAGUGGAGGAUCUAGUUCAGGAUCAGCAUGGGUUGUGGCAAAUGGACUUGUUCCAUUUGCUCUGGGAACUGAUACAGCGGGGUCGGGGCGUAUUCCAGCUGCUUUCAACAAUAUUGUAGGUCUUAAGCCUACUAAGGGUUGGCUUUCAACUAAAGGUGUAGUUCCUGCUUGUUGUCUAAAUGAUACAGUUUCAGUGUUUGCUCUAACAGUUGAAGAUGCGUUCACUGUUGCAACACUAGCAGCAGCACCUGACCCAGAUGAUUGUUACUCACGUACUCAUCCUGCAACCACACCAGCAGCUUUCCAAAAAAUACCUGUGCUGGCAAUCCCAGACAAGCUGAAAUUUUUUGGUGACCAGCUGGCUGAAGCAGCAUGGCUGGCAGCAUUACAGAAAAUGAAUACUUUGGGUGUUGAAAUCAAAACCAUUGAUUUUUCCCCAUUUUACCAGUUGGCUGAACAGCUGUAUGGCGGAGCUUGGAUUGCUGAACGCACUGCUGCCUUGGGUGACAUUUUGAACCAUGCAACACAUAUGGAUCCCAUUGUUCAUAGUAUUGUGAUGGAGGGAACUAGAUUUACUGCAGUUGAGGCAUGGAAAGCAGAAUAUCAGCGAGCACAACUUGUUAAACAUAUUCAAUCUAUUUUGGCUGAAGUAGAUGCGCUGCUGGUACCAACAUCAUCAACUAUUCGAACCAUCAAAGAGAUACAAGAAGAGCCUAUUCAGUAUAGUUCUCAGCUAGGAAUAUAUGCAAGCUGUACCAAUCUAGCUGAUCUGUCAGCACUUGCACUUCCAGCACCAUUCCGAGCUGAUGGUUUACCAGCUGGUAUCUCUCUACUAGCAUUACCUUGGCAUGAUCGCGCCCUUGCAAAUUUUGGCCAACACUGGCAAAAACAUUUGGCAUUGCCCCUUGGAGCAAUCUCUCGUUCUAAUCAAAUAAAAUUUAAUCCACUCAUUCCUUCACUCCAGCACAUACAAAUAGCUAUACCUGGCAACUAUUCAGUUGGUACAUCUUCACUGCACACUCUACUUCGCUCCAAUUAUGCAGUACUUAUCAAAGAAACCACCACAGCUCCUCAUUAUAACCUUCAUGCUGUAUGUGAUGGAUUUAACAAAAUACCUGCUCUAACACACUCUAAUGUUGGUAGCACAAUUGCUGUGGAAUUAUGGGAGAUCCCUUUGGGACUCUUUGGUCAAUUUGUAGCCGAGAUCCCUCCUCCACUAGGCUUAGGCAGUGUGACAUUAUCUAAUGGCGAAGUAGUAAAAGGCAUCAUAUUUUGUCAAUUGGAAUUGCCAAGUGAUGCAGUAGAAAUCACUGAAGCUGGUAGCUGGAGUAACUGGCUGGCUUCUUGUAAAAGUUCCCCCAAGAAAUUUACAACUGUUUUGAUUGCUAAUCGUGGGGAAAUAGCUUGCCGAGCUAUUCGCACCUUGAAGCAUUUAGGAAUUAGAAGUGUUGCAAUCUAUUCUGACAGUGACCGCAAUGCAUUGCAUGUAAAAAACGCAGAUGUAGCUAUUGCACUUGCAGGUGAUAAGGUUAAUGAUACUUACACAAAUAUUGAGAAAAUAUUAGCUGCUGCAAAAACCAGUGCAGCACAAGCAAUUUGGCCAGGGUAUGGUUUUCUAUCAGAAAGUCAACCAUUUGCUGAUGCAUGUGAGAAAGCAGGAAUUGUUUUUAUUGGACCUACCCCACAACAAAUCAGAGAAUUUGGGCUAAAACACAGAGCUCGUGAACUAGCUACUGAAGCAGGCCUGCCUAUAUCACCAGGCACCCCUCUACUUAAUACAAUAGAAGAAGCACUUGAAGCUGCUAAGAAGAUAGGUUAUCCAGUCAUGCUAAAGAGUACUGCAGGUGGUGGUGGUAUUGGUAUGACUCGCUGUGCUAAUGAGUCCGAACUUCAAAAAGCUUGGGAAAACGUACGACAUCUUAGUGAACAGUUCUUUGGCAAUGCAGAUGUAUUUAUUGAACGUUGCAUUGAUCAUGCCCGUCAUAUAGAGGUGCAAAUUUUUGGAGAUGGUAAUGGUAAAGUUGUGGCACUUGGAGAGAGAGACUGUUCCCUACAACGUCGCAAUCAGAAAGUAAUUGAAGAGACACCUGCACCCAACUUACCAAAAGCAACACGUGAUUUAAUGCUUACUGCAUCAGUGCAGCUUGGCAAAUUAGUGAAAUAUCGCAGUGCUGGUACAGUGGAAUACAUCUAUGAUGCUUCUACUGAUGUAUUUUACUUCCUUGAGGUGAACACACGCCUUCAAGUGGAACAUGCUGUAACAGAAUAUGUUACUGGAAUUGAUUUGGUUGCUUGUAUGAUACAAGUUGCAGCAGGUGAUUCUAUUGACUGGUCAAGUUUGCAAAAGACCCCAACAGGUGCAUCAAUCGAGGUUCGUCUGUAUGCUGAGGAUCCAAUAAAAAAUUUCCAACCUUGUCCAGGCUUACUGACUCAAGUAAUAUUCCCAAAAGGUGAGAAUGUUCGCAUUGAUAGUGGUGUUGAGACUGGUAGUGAUGUUUCGCCACAUUAUGAUCCCAUGAUAGCAAAGCUGAUAGUGUAUGGGGAAACACGUGAUACAGCAUUACAGCAGCUACAGGAUGCAUUAUCAGCAACUCAACUGCAUGGCAUUACCACUAACCUUGAUUACUUGCGUCAGAUUGUGGAAACUGAUGAAUUUCAAAGUGGUAAUGUAUGGACAGGUUUUUUAAAUAAUUUUACUGCAACUUCAGCAGCAAUUGAGGUACUUCAACCUGGAACCUUGAGUACUAUUCAGGACUAUCCAGGCCGCAUUGGCUAUUGGGAUGUUGGUGUACCACCUUCAGGACCAAUGGAUGAUUUUGCCUUUCGUUUAGCCAAUCGUAUUGUUGGCAACCAUGAAUCAGCUGCUGGACUAGAAUUUACUCUACAGGGACCUACAUUGAAAUUUCGAGAAGAUGCCAUCAUCUCAUUAACUGGUGGUUACUGUGCAGUAGAACUUGAUGGAAAUAAGGUCGAAUACUGGCAGCCUAUAUCAAUAAAAACUGGACAAACACUAAAAGUAGGGCGUGCACAGAGUGGAUGCCGAACCUACCUCGCAAUUCGUAAUGGUUUUGAUGUACCUGAGUAUCUUGGUAGCCGUUCAACCUUCACUCUUGGGCAGUUUGGAGGUCAUGCUGGGCGUACACUGCGUGUAGCUGAUGUUUUACCCAUCUCACAACCUCAGUUGACUGUUUGCACUACACCAGCACCAAUCUCUUCACCUCAAGCAUUGGAUGAGGUGCUUAUACCAAUUUAUGGAAAUAUCUGGACUAUUAAAGUCUUAUAUGGGCCACAUGGGGCCCCUGAUUUUCUCACUCAAGAUUCUAUAGAUGAAUUCUUUGCCACUGAUUGGCAAGUUCACUAUAAUUCCAAUCGUCUUGGCAUUCGUUUAAUAGGUCCCAAGCCCUCCUGGACUCGCGCCAAUGGUGGUGAGGCAGGAUUACAUCCAUCUAACAUUCAUGACUGUAUGUAUGCAAUGGGCAGUGUGAAUUUCACAGGAGACUUCCCAGUCAUUUUAACACAUGAUGGCCCUAGUCUUGGUGGUUUUGUGUGCCCAGUAACUAUUGCAAAAGCAGAAUUGUGGAAAGUUGGCCAAGUAAAACCAGGUGACCACAUACGUUUUCAUCCAAUCAGUGUUGAGGAAGCAUUAGCUCUUGAACAAGCACAGACUGAAACCAUAGAAACACUACUUCCAGUACAUAUGCCAUUAUACCCAUCACCUUCCCUGGCAAAUACAGAAUUUGGUUCAGCAGCAAUUCUAGCAUUGAUACCUGGCACUGCAACCACUCCUAAAGCAGUGUAUCGCCAGGCAGGUGAUAACUACAUUUUAAUUGAGUAUGGUGAAUAUUCUCUGGAUUUGGCAUUGCGUUUGCGUGUCUAUUUGUUGAUGAAUGCACUUCAUAAAUGUAAUGUGCCUGGUAUAGCAGAACUCUCACCUGGAGUAAUUUCACUCCAAGUGCACUACAACAGCAAUGAAUUGAGUCAGUCUAAAUUAAUGACACUGUUACUGGACCUAGAAAAAACACUGGGUGAUGUUAGUCGGCUCAAAGUUCCAUCUCGUAUUCUCUGGAUGCCGAUGGCAUUUGAAGAUAGUGCAGCACUUGGCGCAGUGCAGCGUUAUAGAGAAUCAGUGCGUGCUACUGCUCCUUGGCUACCCAACAAUGUUGAUUUCUUACAACGCAUAAAUGGUCUGCCAAGACGUGAAAUAGUCAGUGAUAUUAUUUAUGCUGCUAGUUGGCUAGUUCUGGGUCUGGGUGAUGUUUAUCUAGGUGCAUCCUGUGCUGUACCAGUUGAUCCGCGUCAUAGGCUACUCAGUUCAAAAUACAGUCCUGCUAGAACUUUUACUGCAGAAGGCACUGUUGGUGUUGGAGGCAUGUACUUAAGUAUCUAUGGUAUGGAUUCUCCUGGAGGAUAUCAGUUGGUAGGACGUACUCUCCCUAUUUGGAAUCGUUUCAUGCAAAAUCCGCAAUUUGUAGAUGGAAAACCUUGGCUAUUGCGCUUCUUUGAUCAAAUACGUUUUUAUCCAGUCAGUGAAACAGAACUAACACAGUUACGAGAGGACUUCCGCCAUGGACGCACAACAAUCCGCAUAGAAGAAACAUUAUUUGAUUUUGUUGAAUAUCAACAUUUGCUUAAAGACAAUGCCAGUUCAAUUGAAAAAUUCCGACAAUUCCAAGCUGUUGCAUUUGAAGCAGAAGUUGCAUUAUGGGCACAAGAAGAGCAGAACAAUCCUGAACCCACAGGGAAGGACAAUUCUGUGCCAGAAGUUGAAGAAGAUGAGAAUGCAUUACCAGUACAAGCAGAUAUGAAUGGUAAUAUCUGGAAAGUACUGGUUAAAUCUGGUGAUAUUGUUGAGGCAAGCCAGACAUUGGUCAUUGUUGAAGCAAUGAAAAUGGAACUGGCAAUAAAUGCUCCACAGAAGGGACGAGUGAAGCGUAUUGUCUGUCAGCCUGGUCACUCUGUCAGUCCAGGCGAUACUUUGCUUUGGUUAGAAUAGAAAAAUCUCCCCCCCUUCCCUCAAAAAGAUGGUGGAAUCUGCACAGAAACAUUGGGUACUUGCCUUCAUUUUCCUUAGAAUUUAAAAGUGGCAAAACGAGCAUGUCACUUUUUCGAAAUGUAGGUAAUGAAUGGGAGAAUUUAAAACUUGAAAUUCCAUUCAUUUCAAUCUCUGAUAUCUGAAUUUCCCAACAAUCAAAUUCUUUUUCAAUAAGAUUACCUCAGUAUUUUAUAAAUUUGUGAAUAUUAUAUUGAUUUUAGAUGAUGCUCCUUCAUUGAGACACCCAUACCUUAUUAAAUACCUAUAUGAGUAUGAGUAACUUUCGAGUUGAUAUAAUUUUAAUUAGAUAAUAGAAAAUACACUGUAACAUUUAUUCGCCAAUUACACCUCCCAAUUGGAAAUCAUC